UCCUUUAUUUGAGAGCAAUUAUACAGGGUAGUGAGAGAGGGGGAAGACAUGCGGCAUGUCACCAGGCCGGGACUCGAAUCUGUCAUGUUCACUUUGAAGACGAAGGCCUCCACAUGUGGGCGCUGCUUUGCCCCUGCACCACCACAGAAAAUGAAGAAGACGUUUAUUUGCAACGAGUCAAUGAUCAUCACCAUCCCAAUCGGAAGCCUGAAGAACAUUCAGGAGGGUCAGCUGAUGCCGGAGAACUUCCACUGUGUGUUCAGGGACAACUUCAAGGUGUUUGUCGUUCGAGGGAAGCCAAAACCUCUGGGGGCAGCCCAAGCAAUUGGUGGUGUGUUCAUUUUCACUCUUGGAUGGAUCUCCUCAAACAUUUUAAUCAUCAUCUUCAGUGCUCCAAGUGUUGUGUUCUUGAUCUCUGGGUUGGUGUCCUUUGCUGCAGGGAAAUGUCCAAACAUGCAUGUGACCAAGCUAUCAUUCUCCCUGAACAUCCUCAGCUUCUUCUGGUCACUGGUGGCUUUUGGUUUGCACAUUUGCAUAUUGCGUGAUUUUCGUUGGACAAAUGAAAAGUUCUAUAUGGGAAUUACCGGUCUGAUCAUAACUCUGUUAGUCUUUGAAUGCAUGAUGGCGCUCUUCUUGAUCUACUGGCAGAGUAAAGCUGUGUGCAGAGAACAUUUCAACACCUUGCCCAUCAUAAUUUUGAAGCAGGAGGAGUGAAUGAUGGACACAGAGCAGAACCAGGAAUAAUCAGCUCCUGUGUAGUUCUUAAACUGUAACAGGAUUUUGGCAAAUUUUGUUCUUUUUUGUCUUUUCUUUUUUUGCUUCACAGAAAAACAAUAGGAAAGUGUGUUUGAAAGCACACAAUGAUUCCAAUUUGUAGUACAUAAUAAUAUGUAGCUUUCUGCCUUUUCGUUUAAUAAAUAUAGUCCGCCGAUUAUAGUAACGUGUUAUAAAAAGCUUUUGUUCAUAUGCUGCAGCAGAAACAAUUUUAUGGUUGCCUAAAGUUUUGCUCAACCUUUCCAAAAACAAAAGAAGUUUGUACUUCUUCAAAGUGCACAAGAUGUAUAGAGAAGCUUCAUUUUGGAUAUGGGAAAUUUCAUGUUUCAAAAGGUGAGAAGUGAU